AUGAAGUUCAAAAAGUUUCAAAAUAGGCACGCGGCCUCCAUCACCCGCCUUUCUCGAAACGACCUGACGAUCCUGAGCAGCGUGCUUUACCUGCCUUUGCAAGCCUCGAGCCUGGAAGAAGCACGCCUCUACAUCUCGCUCAUGAGCGCCACGCUGCCACGGUAUCUUUGGCGCUCAAAAUUCUGCAGCUUCCUGUGUAAACCGCUACGCCUCCUCCCAACCCCGGGCAAAUCAUGUCGGUUGCACAGACGGCUGAACCACCACCUCAUCGGCUCCAUUCUGCACCUGGUCCAGGUCGAGGUUGGCCCACGGCUAGACCGACUGUCCAUGCACCGCGCACAUUUGACGGUGAAGCAAAGGGUGAUGCUCGAUUCUCUCCGCGAGAUCAACGGCAUGUGGAUGAGGCCGGCGCAGUUUGAAAAGUCGUUUGGCCUUCCACGAAGCACGGCCUGGAGUUUCCAGGGAGAUGGGUGUGAGGCGUGCAUGCUCGCCCGGAUCCUGCAGAAUGCGACGUCGAUCAUGAACUUGCGCACGGUAUUGUUGAGCCGGACACGAACUAGGGGACGCCCAGGGACGCCACCACAAUUGAUACAAUGGGUGGAUGUCGGCAUGGAUUGCCAUCCGGAAAAGCGACUGGAUAUCUUCGUUGAAAGUGCUGAUUCUGCCGCAAAGUUGAAGGAGGUGAGGAAGGAGAUCAACAAAGGUCGGCGGAGCAGACCACGUUUCAUCGUCGACAUAGGACCGAAGACACAGAUUCCAACAGAGCACAGAGUCAGAGUUGAAACAGAGACAAAGGCAAAGCAGGACGGUUCCCCCAAACUGCUUCCCCCCCGGCCGCCAUCAAGCGUAUACAGCGACCCGCCUCUUGCCGAGACCGAUAGCACUGGCCUGGGAAUCGAGAUCAUCCGUUUGUAUCGAAGCGACUCCCAAAUCGAUAACAUGUUGUCUCGAGGUGAGCGCGAGCCGUUACAGCCAGUCUGCCGGUUGGAAACGGAAAGGCUCGAGCAGGAGGGCUCCCCCUCGGCCAUUGAAAGCGGCACGUCCGGGGAAGCAGGGCCAAACGAUCCCUACUUGAAUCGAACUCUUCCGAUCGACGUUUUCGCGUCAUCGUCGAAUAACAUGACACGCUCCGAUACACCGAAGACCAGUACCGACUGGGCCGAUGAAUAUCAAUUGAUCCUUAACUCCGACCCGCGAGUUGACAUCGCCUCCCAGGGAUCGUGGGAAGAUGUUCCUGUCGGUGAGCGAGAACAAGGAGUUGAGAAAAUGGAAUAUGGUGCUCCCAAUUUCCUAUAG